AACUCGGACUUCUACGGCUACGUUCAGCGUGUUGAAUGUAUAUUAAAGUUUAGUUUAGGUUCAAACGGCUACGAAGUCGUGAAAUAGAAAUACAUAUACUGUUUAUAGUAGCUUGUGAAUUGAGCGGUGACAUAAAUAUGAGUCUCUUUGUUGUAAACAGGUAUCAGGGUAACGAUGAUAAUGCACCAGAAUCUACGACCACCGAAGACCACUACACAACUCUGUUGAAGAAAAUUGAGGAGCGCAAAAAACGCAAGAGUGCAACACAAGAAAACGAAGUUAAUAAGGAUGGAGUUGACAGCUCGGAGGUGUCAGUUGCGAAGAAGAAACGAAAGAAACAAAAGCCCUCAACUACCAAGGAAAAUGGAGCAAAACGCAAAGAUACAACUACUCCAGAACAAAUCACCACGACUUUACAUUUCUCUGCUACAGAAGUCAACGACCCUGUAGCUAGCGAACAGCGUGAAAGCUUGACAGAAACCACGGGCUCUACGCAAAAGGCUACUGCAAAGAAACCUGCUUAUCUCAUUCUCGGAUCUGAUUCGCACAAGAAAAAACCUGUUAUAAAACGUGUCUUACCUGAAUGGUUGUCACAACCAGAACUAAUUUCUGCUGAUGUAAACAGCGGUCCUAGUUUAUCUGACUUCAAAUCAAUUCUAGAUUCCGACAUAAUAGAUAUUCUCAAGAAAAGUGGAGCGACAAAACUUUUUCCAGUUCAAGCAAACAUUAUACCAUGGCUACUGGAAUGUGAUAGGCAUAGAAAAAUGGGCUGGUGGCCUCGAGAUGUUUGCAUUUCAGCACCUACAGGAAGUGGAAAAACACUUGCAUAUGUUUUACCAAUUAUUCAACUGCUAAAACAUCGGUUUGUGAGAAAAGUACGUUGUCUUGUCGUACUCCCAGUCCAGGAGCUAGCUGCACAAGUCUAUAAAGUGGUGAAAACAUAUUCAGAGCAUACAAAUUUGCGAGUAACAUUGCUCUCAAGUGCUGCUACCUUUCAGCAAGAACAAAAAAAACUUGUCAAACAAGACGGAUCUGGAAAAUACAUCAGCAAGGUAGAUUUCAUUGUAACAACGCCUGGUCGCCUGAUAGAUCACAUUGAAAGAACUGAAGGAUUUUCACUAUCUUCACUUCGAUAUCUUGUCAUUGACGAAGCUGAUAAAGCCACGGAUUGGCUGCAGCAUCUUCCUGCUCCACAUUGCGGAUCAGCUACUCUUAAUAUAUCCAACAUUGAGUCAAAGAAUCGACCUACUCAGAAGCUAUUGUUUAGCGCGACGUUAUCUCAGGACCCGGAAAAGCUGAGUAGACUUGGUUUAUUUCAACCCAAGUUAUUCACAUCUGUUCUACCGGAAGACAAAGAUAUAGAUUUAAACUUGGACAAAGCUACGGGAGAUUUUGUUGGGCGUUACACUAGUCCGGACGAACUAGUCGAGAAAGCUGUGGAGUGCGAGACUUUGAACAAGCCGCUAGCUCUUUUCCAACUAUUAACUGGAAGUGACGAAGUGCAAAGAGCGCUGGUAUUUACAAACUCAGGAAAUACAGCGCAUAGAUUGGCCCUGUUAAUCAAUUUAUUGGGUAAAAAGAGAGGAUUAACCGUGGCAGAAAUAUCUGCACGUUUGGAUCACAAAAAGCGAGAAAGUGUGUUGUCGAAAUUUGCACAAGGAGAUAUUCAAGUGUUGAUUAGCUCGGAUGCUUUAGCCCGCGGAAUGGAUAUCUCUGGUGUAAAUCUAGUCGUUUCCUACGACUUACCGAAACAUAUCAAAGGUUACAUUCACAGAUCAGGACGGACAGGUCGAGCCGGUACUCCGGGUACAGCAGUGUCUAUUCUAACACCUGCGCAGGUCGCAGCUUUCAGUAAAAUGUUGACCAGUGCUCGAAAGAGUGUACCUGUUAUUGAGAAAGUGGAUCUUGAUUCGUUUUCCGAAUCUCCUGAUUACGAGGAGCAUAUAGUAAAGCUGAGAGAAAUGUUGGAGGAGGAGCAAGUAAACGAGUUGAACCAUGUAAAGUCUGUUAAAAGAAGACAUAAACGGAUACACAAGUAGUUAUAAUGUUCAAUUACUGCCUUAUGCUUACAGUAAAAUACGGAAAACCAUUUUUCUCGAUACUUAUUUUAAUGUAAAUAAUUUGUAGGGUAAUUCUAUCUUGUACUAUACCAAACAACAAUUACUUAUGUCGACCGAACGAGAUUACGUGAAAAAUACAGUGAAGGAUUUAACAUCGAUAAUAACAUUUUAUUGUCUGAAUUUUAAUAAUAUCAUACAUUGCAUCAUCAUCAUCAUCAUCAUCAUUAUUAUUUUUGUUAUCUUUGUUAUUAUUAUUAUUAUUAUUAUUAUUACUAUUUUACGUUGCUCUAUCAGUUUAAUUUUAAUACCAAUUUGUAUAAUCAACUGUUGGUUACUCUGUUUCUAUUAUUCAAUGUUUACGAAGGCAACCAUUCAUAUUACAAUAAUUUAUAAAAAGAUAAAUGAUGUUACUUAUCUCGUAAAACGGAGAAAAUAUUAUUACGCAAUAUUACCAAAAAUUCUCAUCUUUAACUCGCACGUCACUUACUAUUUCGCUUCGAGAACAAAUCGGUAUGCAAUGAAUCACGUCUCGCUUUCUAUUGAUAAGAUGUUACGUAGACGAGAUAGAAGUUUAUUUGACUAGAAGUAUGCGGUUUAGCGGGAAAUGAGGGGUUGAUAACUGGAGCAGAAUCGUUAUUUCAUCUUGAAUAGGACCUGUGCAAAUUUCGACUUGGGAAAGUUUAUUAUUAAUUAUUUGGACGCGUUAAGAUCAGAAGAAAAAGUAACAUGUUGAAAAAUAUCAUGAAUAUCAAGGGGAGUGAGAAAAUUUGCACACAUUUGAAUACGCAAAUUUUCUAAAGUAAGCACAGGCCUCAGAUGAUUCAGUAAUUUAUAAUCCAUUACAUACUUGGCAAAACAUGUCCGUUUUUCCAAAUUAUGUUACACCAUACAUAUGAAGUCAUAUUUUAAUUUUACAUAUAAAAUCUAACCAAUUCUUAUGAAUUUAUUACCAAUGUUUGUUUAUCGAUACUGCAAUUCUCGUACGAUUCAACAUUCCAUUAUAAUUAUUUACAGAAUACGGCAUGUAUAUGUGCUAUAUAUAUGCUAUAUGUGUUAGGUAUUCAAUUUAUACAGUUAUAUACUGCUUUAUGUUAUGUUUAUGUACAUUUAACGUGGUCCUAUAUAAUUCAUAUGUGU